AUGUCGGCGGUUAUCACUGAACAUCAGUUGAACCGCCAGCUCGCUUGCCUUCUAUCUCCUAGUAUUAUAAGAAACCAGAAAACUGUUAAACAAAACGCCAGCGAUAGAUCAUUACGGGGAAAGAAACCAAUAUCAAAAAUUAUGACGCCCCAACGAAAUCGAGGUGGUCUACCGCCUUCUCAUUAUCCGUGGUCAGUGCCGGGUUGUCUAGCGAUUCGUUCGGAGCCGCUGCUCGCGUGGGAGUCGCUCUGGUGCGACGAUCUUAAAAGCGAAAGUGACGACUUUACCGAUGCUCGAGUUUUAUUUCCUCAUUUUACGGCCGUUACAGUCGGGGAGCCG